UGCAUUGAUAUAUAGGCAUCUGGAUCUCGCGAGAUCUCUGCGAUGGUUGCACAACCGCUGGGGAAUUCUAACUGCACGCGACCUCUACACGUAAUAUUUCGAUAUGGAUAUUCAGAUCUGCUUCGGACUCGCCUUUAUCGAGUGUGUCGUCGUGCCUAUCAUGAGGCCGGCCAAUGAUAUCAUCUGGUGGUUACCAUCCAGCCGCACUGGUACCUUCAUAGUGCUCUUUGUUCUUCAAUGGAUCUUGUUGAAGUUAUAUCGUGCGUUUCUAUAUCCAGUAUUUUUCUCUCCUUUGAGAAAUAUACCUGGACCCAAGAAUAACACCUUUUUUCUUGGCCAGCUUGUCCACAUGUACAAGGCCGCGACACCAAUUGAACAUUACAUGCGUUGGGUUGCGAGAUGGCCAGACUCACCAUUCAUACGCUAUCACAUCCUCUUCAACAAAGAAAUUCUCUUAAUAAAUACGGUUGAGGCUCACAAGCAAAUCAUGCAGACCAAGUGCUACGACUUCGUCAAGCCGAAAUUCCUCGAAAGGCUGCUGGGAGAGAUCGUGGGCACUGGCCUCUUGUUUGCUGAAGGCCAUGAACACAAGAAACAGCGCAGGAUGAUUUUAAAUGUCUUCUCGGUACCUAACAUGAAGAAGCUUAUCCCGGUCUUUCAAGAAAAGGCCGAGGAGAUGAGUGCUCUUAUCAACCGCAAGCUAAACGGGACCCCUUCGGGCAUCAUAGAGGUACAAUCGGUCUACACGAAAGCAACAUUGGACGCCAUCGGAGUGGCAGCGCUGGGUGUCGAGCUAGAGAACCUGAGGUCGGAGGAGCUGAAGAUGGACUUUCUGCAGUGCUAUUUCCGCAUGCUGGCGCAACCGCCCCUGAGCGCUCUGAUCAGCUUCAUCCACGUCCACAUCCCGAUUCGCAAGCUGCUCCCGGUGGAGGCCAACUGGGGCUUCUUGCGUGCGAUGCGCGGCGUGCAUGUGAUGCUGGACGAAUGCAUCCAGGAGCGAAUUGCGCAUGUCCAUUCCACCGAUCGCGAGAAGGUCGGCGGCACGGAGUCGAGGGAUUUGCUUACGUACAUGAUUGAGGAACGGCAAGCGGCAGCUGGUGGGCUGUCCAUUGAAGAUAUUCGUGGUCACUUACAGAACUUCCUUUCCGCUGGACAUGAAACGACAUCUGGUGCCUUGACGUGGGCUUCUUACGUGCUGGCCACGCGACCUGACGUACAGACCAAGCUGAGGGACGAAGUAGUAAAAGCUCUAGGAACGAUCGGCAUACCCACCUACACUGAUAUCGAACAACUACAUUACAUGAAGAACUUCUUGCAAGAGGUUUUACGAGUAUAUAGUCCAGCGCCCGCCACGUACCGAGAAGCAGCAACCGACGUCGUAAUCUGCGGACAAUUCCUACCAAAAGGCACACAACUCGUCCUAAGCCCUCCCGUAUCCAACCUAUCGAAGCAGAUCUGGGGCGAGGAUGCCAUGGAGUUCAAGCCAGAGCGGUGGGACGCGCUUACGAACGACGCAGCGACGCCGUACGCCAUGGAGACAUUUGGGAACGGGCCGCGGAUAUGCAUAGGGAAGAGCUACUCGCUACUCGCGUUCAAGGUCAUGAUGAUCGAGUUGAUACGGAAUUUUCGUUUUGAGCAGAGCCCGUACCUGUCGGCGCUCGGUGACCAGCCAGUGCCGGUGCAGAAUCCGGCGGUGACGUGGAGGCCGAAAGGGGGACUGGAGGUACGGCUUGAGAGGAUCCAGUGGUCGUGAUAAUAUGGAUGGGCUAUAUACCUAUUUACUCGGAAGGCGGAAUUGGAUACCUAAGGCCUUGCGAAGUACUGAUGUUAAUGAAAUAAAUAUAAAAUAAUAUAUUAAUUGAAGUUAAACGAAGACUACUCUGUGAGUAUAAAGUUAUAGUUAUAGUAUUAUGUUUUCUUUACCUUCUAAC